CGCUCUGUUCCGGACUCGGGAUUCAGGUUCUUGGGGUUCCGCCUUCCGCCGGCUUGGCCAACCCGGCUCAGGGCUCCAGAGCCUGGCCAUUCACUCCGCAACCAUCCACCUAGGACUAUGGCGCGGCUGAGCUGGGGAUACGGCGAGCACAACGGUCCUACUCACUGGAAUGAAUUUUUCCCAAUUGCUGAUGGUGAUCAGCAGUCUCCAAUAGAGAUUAAAACCAAAGAGGUGAAAUACGACUCUUCACUCCGACCUCUUAGUAUCAAGUAUGACCCCACAUCAGCUAAAAUAAUCAGCAAUAGUGGCCAUUCCUUCAACGUUGACUUUGAUGACACAGAAGACAAAUCAGUUCUGCGUGGAGGUCCUCUCACUGGAAGCUACAGGUUGCGGCAAUUCCACCUGCACUGGGGAUCAGCUGAUGACCAUGGCUCUGAGCACAUGGUAGAUGGAGUGAGGUACGCCGCAGAGCUCCACGUUGUCCAUUGGAAUUCAGACAAAUACCCUAGCUUUGUUGAGGCGGCUCAUGAGCCAGAUGGACUUGCCGUCCUGGGAGUAUUUUUACAGAUUGGGGAACACAAUCCCCAGUUGCAAAAGAUCACUGACAUUUUGGACUCCAUUAAAGAAAAGGGUAAACAAACUCGAUUCACAAAUUUUGACCCAUUAUCUCUGCUUCCUCCCUCCUGGGACUACUGGACAUACCCUGGUUCUCUGACAGUUCCACCUCUUCUUGAGAGUGUCACAUGGAUUGUUUUAAAACAACCUAUAAAUAUCAGCUCUCAACAGCUGGCCAGAUUCCGCAGCCUCCUGUGCACAGCAGAGGGCGAGGCAGCAGCUUCUCUGUUGAGCAAUCAUCGUCCUCCACAGCCCUUGAAGGGCCGCAGAGUGAGAGCCUCUUUUUAUUAACAGUUGUCACCAAUGAGUCACCCCAAACAGUACUGGGGAGGCAGCAAACAAAACAAAACUCAGAAUUCCCUAUUGAUGAAUCUUUUCUAGACUUCUGGUGUAUGGGUCCCACUUUCCUAGCAGCUUUAGCACCACAGAGAAAACCAGAUCUCCAGUGAACUAGCACAUCACUCCUAGAUUUGCAUCAAUGGAUGUUCAAGUAAUAAGCAUCAUUGGGUGUGUCUUAAACCCAUGGAAUACAAGUGCUUCAGACUGCAUGACUAUAUGGCCAGCCUUACAAACCUCAGAAUGUAUUAAAAAUUCUAUGUGACCAUAAGCUGACCCCAUCACACUUCUCAAUAGUGUUUGAUAAAGAAUUUAAGUUCGUUUCCAAAAUGGUAGAAUUCUUAAACAGGUAGUUCUUACUGUUGUGAUAUUUUUUCAGGUUAACCAAAAGUAUGUGUGUUUCCCUUUAAAACAUUUUUUUCCUGUGAUUCUCAUCAUGUGGUACUGUAAUAUAGGGUAUGAUGUGAGAAACACGGGGACUGGCAUAUAUAAUAUCUUUCUCUGAUCACAGCACCCUACAGUUUUAAUGAGGAUUCUUCUGCAGGAUAUAUAUUUGAUGCAUAAUUCUGUAUCGCAUUUCACUUAGGAACGCUAAUGAUCAUUGGACUGGCAUAUUGUGUGGCAGUGUUUGUCACCUCAUGGUAUUAACAUGAUUGGAGACCACAGGCUACACAGUACUAUUGACGCAAAGCUGGUGAACAGGUUUCUGCGUUUGUCCUGUGUUUUAGCAGAUCAGGAAACUAUUCUGUGUGCAUCCUUUUUCUGUCAUGAGUGAAAAAUGAAGUCUCCUGUAAAUGCCAUAGGCUGUUCAGUGUGUUUUCCUAGAAAAGCUCAUUUCCCCUUCAUAUACAUUCUUUAGACUCUUCUGGGAGUUUUGUAAGAUGGCCUUUGAGGUUAAUUAUAAUGCAUUCUCUCUGGAGGGUUUUUGUUUGAUUUUGGGGAAAGAAGAUAGGGUGUGUGGGUUUUUUUUUUUGUUGUUGUUGUUGUUGUUGUUUUUUGCCUUUCCAUUGUGGAUUGACAAUAAUCCUUAAGCUAAUAACCACACUGAAGACUUUAAUAUUUGCUUCACUCUUACUAUUUUCUGAGAGAAUUGUCCCUGAGUUUAUUUCAGUGAUUUGUGUUAGACCCCUCUCAUCUUCUAAAUGUAAAUCGUGUUUUGGUCUUUUUGAAACAGGGUCUCCCUGUAGCCCCAGCUAGCCUAGAACUCACUAUGUAGACCAGGCUGGCCUUGAACUCACAGAGAUCUUCUUGCCUCUGCCUCCCAAGUGCUGGGACUACAGGUGUGCGCCACCAUGCCUGGCUCUAAAUGUAAAUUUUCAUCAUUGAAAAUAUUCUGUGUAUACUCUUUAGUAGAAUAACUUCAUUUCAGCAGACUGUGUAAUGAUGUCUACUGUCACGAAAGAGGAGUUCUAAAGCAUGGAGCUGACACCUCAGUCCUCACUGUGACCAACUUGAGGCCUUGAGGAAGACAGAUGUACCAUAAAUAGUUAACGAACUGAAUAUUAAAAACAUUUCAAUUGCUAACUUUGGUAAUUGUCACUGUGCUUGAGAUCAAAUACACUCAAGUUGAUUUAACAGAUAAAAUAUGCUAUCUCUGGAAAGUUUCUAUUCUUAGAGGAUUAUUUAUUGACUGUAAUUUUUAUAUCCAGAAGUUCUAAUGAUUUUUUAAAUGUCAGUGCUUGGCUGGAGAGAUGGCUCAGCAGUUAAGAGCAAUGGCUGCUCUU